GAUUGUGCGACGUCGUCUUCCGCGUUUCCCGGGAUUUCAACCACUGUCCUGAUUUAUCGUGUCCUCUCCUUGCACGUUUUUUCGUUCAGCCCACCCUCCCAAUUCAGUUAGUUGAAAAGAAAAAUAAUUGAAUCAAUAUACAGGCCUCGCCGUCCCCCCGUCCGCCGCCCCCCCUCCUUUUUCUCUCUCCCCCCUUUGCAAAUAACAACCACCGCCUUCGGUUCUCCACAUGCAGCAUCGGAGUCCUGGGCCGCGGCGUACCGGCUCCAGCCAUGUCGGCGAGGAAUACAACGACUGGCGUCGGUGACGGAGCGACGGGGGAAAAGACAGCAGGAGAUGCAUUAGAGGAACCCCAGGGCCUCUCCGUCUCUCUGUCUGGUUUGAUGACCCCCACCUCAGUCAUUGGCAUGGCCUCAGGCAUGGAGCUGCCCAGGAAACGGAAAGGCAGCAUGGAGAUCCCAGAAUCAAAAUCUGCAUCAAAUCUAGACGAGGAUAUGGAGGAUGAUCAGGAAAGAUCAGAAGGAGACGACCAGCACUUAAAAAUUAAGUGCAUCAGGGAACCUCACAGUCAGAUCGAGAAACGACGGCGGGAUAAGAUGAAUAACUUGAUUGACGAGUUGGCAGCGAUGAUUCCCACAUGUAACCCCAUGUCCCGCAAGCUUGACAAACUCACUGUGUUACGAAUGGCUGUCCAGCACCUCAAAUCACUCAAAGGAGCAACCAACUCCUUUGCAGAAGCUAAUUACAAACCUGCAUUCCUCCCAGAUGAUGAGCUCAAGCACCUUGUCCUAAGGGCUGCGGAUGGAUUUCUCUUUGUGGUUGGCUGUGAUCGUGGAAAAAUUGUCUUCGUCUCAGAAUCUGUUUCAAAAAUCCUGAACUACAGUCGGACGGAGUUAAUUGGACAGAGCCUGUUUGAUUAUGUUCAUCCGAAGGACAUUGGAAAAGUGAAGGAACAGCUGUCUGCCUCUGAACUCUACCCACGGGAGCGCCUCAUAGAUGCCAAAACGGGUUUGCAGGUGCAGGCUGAUCUUCCUGUCGGAGCGGCUCGGCUUUGCUCUGGAGCCCGGCGCUCAUUCUUCUGCCGAAUGAAGUACAACAAAGUUAGCAUUAAAGAGGAGAAGGACUUUCAGGCUGGUGCCUCAAAAAAGAAAGAGUCCCAGCGGUACUGCACCGUGCACUGCACGGGAUACAUGCGCGUCUGGCCCACGCGCCAGCUGGGCGCGGAGGGGGAGGCAGAGGGGGACAAAGAGAGCUCCCACUUCAGUUGCCUGGUAGCAGUGGGCCGUGUGCACCCCCACACCCUCCCCCAGGCCAACGGAGAGAUCAAGGUCAAGCCCUCCGAAUUUGUCACCCGCUACGCCAUGGAUGGCAAAUUCACCUUUGUGGAUCAACGAGCCACCAUUAUUCUAGGUUACUUACCCCAGGAGCUGCUAGGCACAUCCUGCUAUGAAUACUUCCACCUGGACGACCUGCCUCACUUGGCUGAUAGACACAGAAAAGUGCUGAGGAGUAAAGAGAAGGUUGAGACAAACUGCUAUAAGUUCAAAACGAAAUAUGGCUCUUUCGUUACCUUACAAAGUCUGUGGUUUAGUUUUAUAAAUCCCUGGACCAAAGAAAUAGAAUACAUAGUGUCAACCAACACAGUUAUAUCCAGUAAAAGUAAUCCAGGUGGAUCAGGGGAUAAAGCCGAACAGCCUAGCAGUUCGAAGGCCUCGGAGGAUGAUGCCAAGAAGUUGCAACAAUUUCCAAUCAUCCCAGGGAUCUCCAGUGCAUCAGGGAUGAUUUACGCUGGAUGCAUAGGGACCCAAAUCGCUAAUGAGAUAAUGGACUAUAAUAGGAUGAACUCCUCACCAUCCAGCGGCAAUACAAGUCCGUUCAGUGUACUGCAGGACAAGUCUCCACUGGCUCUUGCGCUGGCCAGCAACAACGUGCCAAAUGGGGAAGCAACAGACGUAGAGAUGCCUGGCAAAUCAAGCUCAGAGGAUGAGGCGCGGGGUGGGCCCUUCACAGCGGGGGAAAAUCUCAUGGAGGCAAGCUCUCAGUUGGAUCUUGAGGGGGUUCCUGGGUUGGCCGCUCUAAGCACUGAUGAGGCAGCCAUGGCAGUCAUUAUGAGCUUACUGGAGACCGAUGCCAACCUGGGUGAGGCCGUGGACUUUGACGAGGCGCACUGGUCUCUGUGAACACACAGCUCUAAUUUUUUUUUUUCUUUUAAAGACCCGUCUUAUCUGGAGCUUUUUAAAAUGAACCAUCCAUUAAUUUUCACUAGGCGGCCAGCCUUCGACAAUUCUUUGACUUCUGACUUUUUAAUUUAUUAGUGUUUUUAAAUGCGUAUGGACAAGCUGCGUGGCAGGUUAUCUGAUGGCUGGCCUUGGUGAAGGAGAACAGAAAAGGAUGGGGGUCUCUCGGAGUACCUUAACCUGAGUUCCUUAAGCAACAUGACCAGGUUUUAUGUGGUCUGGUGUGCAUUUCUUCAUCUCAGCUCUGAGGUUACUCUUACCCCUUGGCAUGGAUCAGAAAGGAGAGACGUUAUUGGCCUGUUUUGCCAGGUUGAGGAACACAUACCUCAGCCAAGCCACAAGGCAACUAAAAUGGUCCACUGUGAUCCAGUGGCGUGAGGAUUUCAAAAUUGUUUCCUUAGUCAAUCAACACUUGAACUGUACAUGAAUGCUUUGAGGCAAAGCUGGACUGAUUUUUUUAAUUAAAUAUAUAUGUGUAUAUAUAUAUAUAUAAAAAAACAUCAUAGGAUUCCUUUGGCAAGGGAAGCCUGGUAGUUUUUAUUCCCUUUUAGAGCAGAAAUUGUCUUGAAUUGAGUGUUUCAUGAUGAACAAGAGUGGAACCAUGGGGAGGGAUAUUGGUAAGCACUUGUGGUCCUUUGUAAAACAGAACUACUUGAAAAUACUGUGUGGAAAUAUUGGAAAUUUGAGGCUCACCGUUAGGCCUGACAUUUUUUUUUUCCUCUCCAGUCUACAAAUCUGUGUGUGAAUGUGUGCUUUUCUGUCAGACCUUAGUCUGACCUGCCAGGGCUACGCUACUCUUGAAAUAGGGCCGUCACUACAAUUGAAAGGGCCUGGGACAACUUUUUUUUACUGAUUGCCCCAGUGAGUAUGCUGUAUUAUAGAUUUAGAGGAUCUGGGGAAAUGUUCCCAGUUUUCUCCCCUUCAGGUGUAUAAUUAGAUCUUCUGUUCUGAAGGAAUGCCUGGAUGGAGAUCAGCAACCGGUAAAAUGGUGAUUGGAAAUUGGAAGUUAUCCGCAAAUAAGGGCAGGGUCUCUCAGGGAACAAUUCAUGGAAACCCAGUCUCAAAAUCCUUUGUCGGAUCAGCCAAGUGCCACUUUUUAGACACUUGUGUUAAGAUGUGUUAAAGGUUUCUGGCUUCAUUCUUUCAUUAGGUCUUGUUCAGUUAUGUGCAAAGAGGUAUAAAAUGCUCGUGUGAGAAGCAUUUAGUAGGUGAUUGUUUUUUUUAAACUUUGUAUUUUAGAAUUAUAUGCCAUAAUGUAAUUAUGGGAAUAAGUUUAUUUCUACUAAACUUCUAAAUACUAACAGUCACUUUGUAUAGUGUAAAACUCAACCAUAAGAGUAAUGGGGAGAGAUGGUUGCAGCUAGUUCUUGCUUCAAGCCAAGAUUUAUAAUAAAUCCAAACAUGAAAUCAUGAUAAUGGUAACCUACUUUUUAAAAGUAUAAUUAACCCUAAAAUGAGCAUCUAUAAUCAAUUACUCACCCUCAUGUUUUUUCCAAACUUGUGCGACUUUCUUUUAUGGAACAAGUUUGGAAUUAGAAGAAUGUUGAUGGCCCUUUUUUUCCAAGUAAUGAUAGUUAGUUGUGACCAGGCCAGGGGAUGUCAAGCUUAAAUGAGGACUAUCUGUACGCUAAUUUAAAUACAACUUCCACCUCUGUAGAUCUCAUUUGUGACAUUUUCUUGGUUUCAGUGUUGCGUUUUUACCUUACUUUAAGGCUGGAAUACACUAUACAACUGUUGUAUUUACAGUCUGGAGGUUAACUACUGGUUGAGAGAUUUCAAAGAAAAUUGCAUAGUGUAUGAUGGGCACAGAUAUCUUACUAUGAUUCCAUGCAGUCGGAGGAUAUGAAGCUUGUUUGAUAUUUUGAGCCAUUUUUAGAGCACAUUCUUUUAAUUAUCUUACUCCUAGCAAUGAGGCACGUUUCUGCAUGAUUUCGUUGUGUUCAGGAUGACUUUAAAGUCUGGUAGAGCGGGUUCAUCAGUCGUUCAGCGUAUGACGUUGUUUGUUCUGUAACCAUUUACAAAGUCGGCAAGUGUGUGAUGCCUAGUAAUUUAAAAUCUGUUCAGAUUUAAAGUUGUGUACUAUAUCAGCCGUAUGGAAAGAAAAAUGAAAACGCAUGUUUAGAACAAGAAGGUCAAGGAAAUGUCAUUUUUGGCUGAACUCUUACUUUAACCUAAGGCAAGAGACCUAACAACAUGUUUGUAACUUGUAUUAGAGUAAUCUUUGAAUAGAUCUAUCAAAAGACUAUGUCCACUGCAGAUUUCAGCCUCGAAAACAUGACACCUCGUUUUGGUCAAACGAUCUUCAUAGGCUGUUAAAAUGAUUGAAUAAUGCCCUUUCUUAUGACAAUUCCCUGUUUUUUAUAUUAUAAUUGAGUUCAUAUUUGCAUAUGCACGUCCUUGGGGAUACUGAUCCCCUCUCUCUUUCUCUGUUUCGGACUCUUUUGUAACAAACAUUUUCCAAAAGAAUUUCUCUCGGGUAAUCGGGAUGGUGAGAAAAGGGGUGGUGAUGGCGCAGUGGAUGCUCCAGAGGCGUGCGACCUCUGACAUAUAUAGCAAUUGUAAGUCGCUUUGGAUAAAAGCGUCAGCUAAAUGAAUAAAUGUAAAUGUAAUCGUUCAAGCUCAGUGAAUUCGCAUUUCGGCCUGGCUUUACACAUUUUCUUCCAAAGUUUUGCUUCCCUUGUUUCUGGUGACCUUUAAAUCAGGCGGUCAACGUACUGAACUGAUUUACUGUGACGGUGCAUAUGUGCCACAGAAAUCUCUUGACCUGGUGAUGGAAAUGGACGAUUUUGUCCAAAUAUACCAAAGCAAUUUAACCGCAUAUAGACCUAUUUCAAGUACCGUUAACGCUCCGCUGCCCUGUGCUGUCAGAUGUCUUGUGAUUCUGUGACUAUGGUGUGAGCUGCUUUUAAAAAUGUCUUCAUAUCAUUGCCUGCUCUGCCAUAUGCUGCCAAGAGCUUACUUGAAGGGAGGAACUCAUCCAGUGGAAAUGAAAUCCUGCUAGAUGAUGUGAACUUAAUGGGUUUUUGUUGUCUUGCCACGAUCCAUUGCUUUCCCAACGAUUGGUUUCGUAAGCGUAUCGUAUUGCCCCGACUUACAAAAGUGUAAUUUCUAUAAACCAGACUGAAAUUUCAUGGGAUCAACUGUAAGUGCUAGUGGUUGGAUGUGUUGGCCAAUCACAAUUCUUGUCCAGGUUUUGAUGGGGCAGUUUCAGCCUUAGGCACAGGAACAGCUGCUUUGUUCGUCCCGAUGUACGAGCGUUGAGCUGUGCCAUAACUGCAGGCUGAUCCUAAAAUAGGUAAAAUGAAAAUUGUGAUUUUUUUUAUUUUUAUUUUUUUUAUUACCACCCACUCUCCCACAUAGCGUCACUGGUUUUUAAUGUGACUUUGUUCUUUGGAGUGUCUUUCUGCUGUUGCACUUGGCAGAAAUCAAGUACUGUACGUGAGUUUAAACCACAGACCUUUUCUUCUGUCGCUUUUGUUUUAAUUUCAGAUCUCUCUCUCUCUUUACAUAGCUUGUAGAAUUUCUUGAUUUUAUGUUCCAGUACAUUCAUGCAUGCCUUUUGUGUACCCUUUGCUUUUCUUGUUUUGUUGUUCUGUUUGCCGUCUAAUGGUUUUGGAUAAAGGUUUUUUGCCUUAUAAGACAUGUAUGUUGUUCUGUUUCUCUUUGAUUGUUGAGUGUGUGAUGAAAUGGGUUUGGAUACUUUGAAGACUGUUCAUCAUUUCCGUGAAUAUCUCAGUCGAGGAGCAGCCGUUGGGUCAAGCCACCAGAUCUGCAUGUGUGCGCCUCAUCGUCGCUCUGACUGAGCCUUUGAAAAAGGCUGUUGUGGAAACGGGGGGACUCGUCCAGGGAGGCUCCUUUUUGUCUUUUGCUUAUUUCCUUCUCCUCUGUUUAUCAAGAUGCCAUCGCUGCUGCUGUCAACAAGUCUGGUUAGUAGCAGAGAAUCUGUCUCUCCAGAUUGACAUGAAAAAAGAUUCUUUAAAUAAACAACAUUAGUUUCCUGUA